UGCGCCCAGCGUGAGCUGGAGGGGCGCCCGUCGGCCGGGUGGGGAAGCGGGGCUAGUUGCAAGAGGCGGCUCCCCGGUUCUUCUAGGGACGCCUUCGUCGGGGGAAGUGGGUGUGAACUUGGCCGCCCGGGGACCCCGGUGGCUGGGGUCCGGGGUGAGGGUACAGGGGAGUAGCCUGUAGCCCCGCACCUAGGGGAGGGGGCUGAGAACGUGAGUUCGCCUAUCCUGACGUGGCCUGGUGACCUGGCGUGGGAAGUGGGAGACGGAGGCCGGAGGCUGCGACCAUGAGGUUAAACCAGAACGUCUCGCUCCUGGGGAAGAAGGUGGUGCUGGUACCCUACACCGCAGAGCAUGUGCCCAGGUACCACGAGUGGAUGAAAUCAGAGGAGCUGCAGCGUUUGACAGCCUCCGAGCCGCUGACCCUGGAGCAGGAGUAUGCGAUGCAGCGCAGCUGGCGGGAAGAUGCGGACAAGUGUACCUUCAUUGUGCUGGAUGCAGCGAAGUGGCAGGCCCAGCCAGGCACCACCGAAGAGAGCUGCAUGGCGGGGGAUGUGAACCUCUUCCUCACAGAUCUAGGGGACCCCUCCUUGGGGGAGAUUGAGGUCAUGAUUGCAGAGCCCAGCUGCAGGGGCAAGGGCUUUGGCACCGAGGCGGCGCUCAUGAUGAUGUCCUAUGGAGUGACCAAGCUAGGUCUGACCAAGUUUGAGGCUAAAAUUGGGCAAGGAAAUGAACCGAGCAUCCGGAUGUUCCAGAAACUUCACUUUGAGCAGGUGGCCGUGAGCAGUGUCUUCCAGGAGGUGACACUCAGACUGACGAUGAGUGAGCCGGAGCGGCAGUGGCUUCUGGAGCAGACCAGCCACGUGGAAGAGAAGCCCUAUAGAGAUGGGUCCUAGGAGCCCGGCUGAGAGCCCUGCACCAGGAAGUGAACGGACCGGGCGGCCCCUCUCCAGGCUGGGGAUCUCCUUUCAGGGCCCUUCACACGCGGGGCAGGACUUGCCUUGGCCUCCCCCAGGCUGGCAGUGGGGCUGAGCGACUCCAGGGAGCCCCUCCUCCCGGCCAAACCUGACUUAGACUCUGAGAACCUGGGGUGGACGGCAGGAAUACACAGGAAGAGGCCGGGUAGAGGCAGAGCUGGAGAUGACGAUGGGGGGUGGGGGUGGCCUGGUGAACAGGCCGGACUUCCCUUUUCCUGGAAAGCCAGCGGUGCCACUCUGGGGCCGAGGCCCUGGCCCGAGUAAAGUGCACUGCACGGCCAGCUUUCCGUUCCUCACUGCCCGUAGCCUGUGUGGAGGUGAGCUGCCAGGAGGCCACCUGCAGCUUCUGUCCCAUCCAGUGUGGGAGCGACAGGGCAGCUCAGUCCUCUGUCUGUCAUCCUGUGGAAGCAGGCUGGCUGGGUGUGGCCCUGAGAGGUUAGGAAAUGAAUGAGGGUGGCCCUGUUGGACAGGAGGCUUGGACAAUGGGCGAGAAUCCUUGCUCCCCUUUCUCUUCUUUGGAGCCAGUUUUGAGUAAAUUAGUUUUGGAUCCAGCUCCUCGUGGCUGGACAGCACCCC